CCAAAAAUCAGAACCAAAUCCAGAGCAGCAGCAGCGCGCCACCACAACCACCACCGCCGCUCCACGAAUUCAAGCCGCUCGAAGCCAUGUCCGGACGCGGCAAGGGAGGCAAGGGGCUCGGCAAGGGCGGCGCCAAGCGCCAUAGGAAGGUGCUGCGCGACAACAUCCAGGGCAUCACCAAGCCGGCCAUCCGGCGCCUCGCUCGCCGUGGCGGCGUGAAGCGCAUCUCCGGGCUCAUCUACGAGGAGACCCGCGGCGUCCUCAAGAUCUUCCUCGAGAACGUCAUCCGCGACGCCGUCACCUACACCGAGCACGCCCGCCGCAAGACCGUCACCGCCAUGGACGUCGUCUACGCGCUCAAGCGCCAGGGCCGCACCCUCUACGGCUUCGGCGGCUAGAGCCCCCUGCCUGCUGCAGAUUUCGAUGUGUUCAGAUGGAAAAAAAAAUCUAUGUUUGUAGUGUAGUUCGCUGUUUCCUUGUUACUAGAUCCAAUCCAGCUGUAACGUGAGAUCUGUGGAACAGAGCUGUUCGUAUCUGUUGUUCGAAA